AGAUUUCGAAAAGUACCCGUUAUUUUCUUCCCUCUCGAUUUCUCUCUCUCUCUUCCCAAGAUUGAGGAAGGAGAAAUCUUCGCUGGUUCAUCAAUGGCGAAACAAGAUUCACUGAUGAUCACUACAUUCGCGAGAAUCACCCGCACCGAAGAAGCCUAUGCUGCUCAUAUACUCCAGCAAAAUGGAGGAAAUCUCAAUGCAGCUCUUGAUGCGCAUUAUCGAUUAGAGGAUAUAAACCUUGCGAGUGGAGGUUAUAGUCCAGAGUCUGAAGACGAUUCGAUUAAUAUAGAUGUACAAGAGGAAGCUACUAGUAUAAGAACUAAUUCACUUGCUGAUGAUUUCAAUCCAAACGCUAGCAACAAUCUAGUGGAAGCUCCAGUAGAAAUGAGGUAUGAUGCAUUUGAACGCCCUGGCCAUACACCAAGUAACAAUUUGCUUCAGAGCAUGAAAGAUUUUGAAGAAAAAAUGAAGGCUAUACGUUGUGAGGAAAAGGCAGCUAAGUUUUCUAGACAUGAGCCAUAUAAACGAUGUAGUCAUGCACCUGUAGUUCUCCCCAGCAACACUUUGCUUCAUGACGUUGAUGAUCUUGAAGAAGAACGGAAGGUAUUACGUUUUGAGGAAAAGGCAGCUAAGUUUUUUGGAUCUGAGCCAUUUGCACGCUGUGUCCAUACACCAAGUGUACCACCCAUCUACACUUCGCUACACCGCAUCGAUGAUCUUGAAGAGGAAAUAAAGGAAGGAGAAGACGCCCUUGCUGGACAUAGACAGUCUCAUUUACAAGAUCUCUACCUUGCUCAUGCUAUAUCUUUGUCCUUGGAGACAGCAGAGAAAGAGAAACAAUUGCACGAGAAAGCUAGUAGGAUUGGAGAAUUACGAUGUGGACGUUCUGAGGCUCUCAAUGUAGAGCAACGACAAAUGAAAUCAUCAAGUAGUGGUGCGGAAGCAUUAAACACAUCCUACCAGAAUAAACCUGAGGAUGGAGAGAGCAUGUCCAGAGAUGUUGAGAGUCUGAUCGAUGCUUCUGAUUUAGAUGAGUGGUCUACUUUACAAGAGGCGACAAAGAUUGGUCAAAUUCCCGAAAGUAGAUACCGGUCAGGAAUCCUGGCUCCUCACACACUGUCACCUUCUGUAGAAGUUCAAUGCCGGAUGGGGGAGAAGCUGAAUGAAGAGUACUAUGUGUCAUUGCGAGCAGAGAGAGAGAAAGAGAUAAGAGAAUCCGAGGCCAGGAAUGCUGCUUGCAGGAAAGUGGAGGUAGAACAGGAAUUUGAGAAGCAAUUGACUGAAAAAGAACCAUCACUGCCACCAGAGUCAGCCAUAGAUGAGGAGAAUGCUGUCACCAUCCUCAUACGUAUGCCGAGUGGAAACCGCCUUUCCCACCGGUUUGUGAAAUCCCACAAUCUUCAGGCAAUUUUCGACUUCAUUGACGUUAGUAGAUUGAUCAAGCCUAAUACUUACAGAUUGGUGAAGCCAUUCCCAAAACAGAAAUUUGGUGCAGAACAAAGUUGCUUGACAUUGAAGGACCUUGGCCUCAUAAACAAACAAGAGGCUCUGUUCUUGGAAGUCAUCUAAUUUCUUUCUCACACAUAGGCUUGAACUUAGAAUUUUCACUUCACUGUAAAAAUCUAUGCUUUUCUUUAGAAAAAUCGUGAUGUUGUAUAGAGUAUAGCUGUAUAGACAUUGUUAGUGUUAGCAUUAAAGGUAGGAGUAGACCAGAAACUACCCAUUUUUUGGUUAA